CCCGUGUCCUUGUUUUUUGCGGUUCGCUGUGCUGUUACCUAGUAUUAUGUUUUUUUUAUGAUUCCUCGAUUUCAUUUCUUGUUUAUAAAGCGGGCCAACAAACUUUUCUUUCCUCAUGUCGUAUGUUUUUUCUACUGCGUGUUCGCAAACUGUACUCUAACAUGUACAAAUUAUUUUCCAACUUUAAGUAUAACGUUUCUUUCUCUUCUAUUCGAUUUAUUUUCUGUUUUUCCAAGAAAUAAAUUCGUGUCCUCCAAACUGCAACAGAUAUGAACUUUGAAUAUGUGCCAUUUUACUAAAUGAUUUAUAAGAAGGAAAAAGUAUUUUAUACGAAUUUCAAAAGUCAUUCGAUCCAUGGCUCUCGACGUCAACGAAACGUCUCCGCGAUAAUUUAUGAAAAUAUUUGUUAUUACUAUAAAGUAAAAUGUUUCCGUCUAAAGUGUUGAUGGAUAAAGUGUUCGGCAACCUGGCUCACGUCCGAGGCUUGUUAACGUAUAGACUGUCUCCUCACGAGCUGAAACCCUUCGCCGGAGCCUUCUCCAAGGGCGGACCCAACGUGAUCCCCCGCACCACGUCCACGCUCAUGACCUGGCUACCAGUACUAAUAACUUCCAUAUUAAUUUAUGUCACCGUCGAAGAGAGUCACAAGAAAAGCCAACGCAAGAAUCCGAACGACUUCCUCAACGAAGUGGACCCGAACACUGUCAGUGAUUGAUUUCUUUCUGUUAAAGUACCUUAAUGAGACAUAAUUAUAUUUUAUGAAAUGAAAA